AUGUCUGGAAGAAAUCGUGGACCUCCUCCUUCGAUGAAAGGUGGAUCUUACGGUGGCUUGCAAGCUCCGGUUAACCAACAGCCUUUCGUCAGAGGCUUGGGAGGACCAGUGCUUCCUCCUCGUCCUUCAAUGAUAGAUGAUAGUAGGGAAACCCAAUUCAGAGUGGAUCCAAGAGGUCUUCCUCAACAUCUUUCAAUCAUGGAGGAUCGUAUCGCUGCUCAGAACCAAGAUGUGCAGGGCUUGCUUGGUGAUAACCAGAGGCUCGCUGCGACUCACGUUGCGCUUAAACAGGAGCUAGAAGUUGCUCAGCAUGAGUUGCAGAGAAUGAUGCAUUACAUUGAUUCCUUGAGAGCCGAGGAAGAUAUAAUGAUGAGGGAGAUGUAUGACAAAUCCUUGCGGUCCGAAAUGGAACUGCGUGAAGUCGAUGCUUUGCGAGCUGAGAUUCAGAAGGUCCGUGCAGAUAUCAAAGAGUUUACUUCGAGUAGGCAGGACCUAACGAGCCAGGUUCAUCUGAUGACUCAAGAUCUGGCUAGAGUCACGGCAGAUUUGCAGCAGAUACCGACACUAACUGCAGAAAUUGAGAACACAAAGCAAGAGCUGCAACGUGCAAGGUUUGACCAAGCGGCUAUUGAUUAUGAGAAGAAAGGGUAUGCGGAAAACUACGAGCACGGCAAAGUUAUGGAGCAAAAAUUAGUUGCAAUGGCUCGGGAACUAGAGAAGCUUCGAGCAGAGAUUGCUAACUCAGAAAAUAGAGCUUAUGCAGCUGGUCCUGUUGGGAAUCCUGGUGGAGUUGGUUAUGGUGGUGGCUAUGGUAAUCAUGAGGCUGGGUAUCCUGUGAAUCCUUAUCAGCCUAACUAUGGCAUGAAUCCAGCACAGGCACAGGCAGGCGUUGAAGGCUAUUAUCCACCUCCGUAUGGACAACCGGCUACGUGGGCUGGUGGAUACGAGCAGCAGCCACAAGGACAAGGACAUCGAUGA